GCUGUGUUCAAAACCCAAUUGAUAAGCUGUGAAUGAUGCGAUUUUAUGUCCCAAUGCAGAAUCCUAUCACUUAUCCUGAUCCAUGUACUGGCAACCUAUUCGACAUGACUCAUGCUAGGCCUGGUACAGGAUUUCUCCAUGCUGAUCGUCCUGCGAUAAUGAAAGGGUUGAAUACAGUGAGGUGGCUCAUGUAUUCUUGCUGUAUGUUACCCCAGUAAGGUUCAACCUCAGAUUAGGUCGGAAAGCAAGGGUCCGCAUAGUGUUACUCGGACGGGAAGGAUCGACGUGGAUAGGA